CAGUUUCGCAAAAAGUGGCACAAAUCAUCCAAAGGCUGCCUAGUACGUAAUAACGCAUUACAGAUAUAUAUUAUUUGGUGUAACAUAACAUUGGUUAUACUACCUAAAUGACCAGUAGAAAAAUAUAUCCUUUUUAAUGGUAUAAGUGUUAACCUGGCAAUUAAACUAACGAAAUGACUGCUAACUCGAGCUGAAGCUCCUACAUGAUCUUAAAACUUUUUUUUCUCUCCAAUGUAUUCUGUGCCAGUGCACCACAUCGACUGCAACCAUUCAAUGUGCGCUAAAGGCAAGGAACAAAAACCAAGAAGUAAUAAAUUUGUAUGCUGUUUUUUUCUUCUUAUGCCCAGUGCACAAACAACAUGGCUCCCCCAUUGUGUGCUGUCUGACGUCGAGGUCAAGAGAGCAACUUCAACACAGCAAUCAUCGCCACAUCAACUGCAGGGCCAAGACUCAAAUCCACUGGAACACCAGCACAAGUCCUACAGUACAGCUGGAAACUACUUCGACAACCACAAAGCUCCAGACAGACCUGUGCACAAACAUGGCUCCCCCAUUGUGUGCUGUAUGACGUCGAGCUCAAGAGAGCAACUUCAACACAGCAAUCAUCGCCACAUCAACUGCAGUGCCAAGACUCAAAUCCACUGGAACACCAGCACAAGUCCUACAGUACAGCUGGAAACUACUUCGACGACCACUAAAACUCCAGACAAACCUGUGCACAAACGUGGCUCCCCCAUUGUGUGCUGUAUGACGUCGAGCUCAAGAGAGCAACUUCAACACAGCAAUCAUCGCCACAUCAACUGCAGGGCCUCGACUCAAAUCCACUGGAACACCAGCACAAGUCCUACAGCACAGCUGGAAACUACUUCGACGACCACUAAAACUCCAGACAAACCUGUGCACAAACAUGGCUCCCCCAUUGUGUGCUGUAUGACGUCGAGCUCAAGAGAGCAACUUCAACACAGCAAUCAUCGCCACAUCAACUGCAGGUGUCUAGACAUCAAGACUUCGAGGACUGCGUACUCGUUGACGCCGAACUCAAAUGAGGAGUAUACAAGAGCAUCUACGCAGGGGAAUUCGUCACACAAACUGAAGCACACAUCUACGUACUAGCAGAAGUUGUAAUCUGCGUUACAAAGGUGUACUUCAUACGCAAGGUCGCAGCUUCCCUUUGAGGAUGCAUUUGGAGGGGGCGUCAUAUGGAACACGGAAAUCGCAUGAAGACGGCUCGUGGAGUGACUUCUGGAGCGGACUAUUCGCCCGUGGCAUUUUCAGUUCCUGUAUGUUAUAAAAAGAUAGAAAAGAAAAUUACACCGGAACCUCUUUCUGUCGUUAUUAAA